AUGUCUAAAGCAUAUCGAACCGUGGGAGAAGACAUUUGGAAAAACAAGGUCCAGAAAGUGAAUGCAGAGCUCGUCACAUUAACAUACGGUUCUAUAGUUUCUCAGCUUUGCCGGGAUUAUGAAGGUGACUAUGUCAAGGUCAACAAGCAACUUGAACGCAUGGGCUACAACAUUGGUCUGCGGUUAAUAGAGGAGUUUUUAGCACGAUCUGGGCUUGGCCGAUGCACCAACUUUAAGGACACGGCCGAGGUUAUUUCCAAGGUUGGCUUUAAAAUGUUUCUCAACAUCACACCAGCUGUUGAAAACUGGUCGCCCGACAAUAAGCAGUUUUCUCUUGUAUUUGACGAAAACCCUCUUGCAGAGUUUGUCGAGCUCCCGGAUGAUGGCAGAGCCAGAAAAGAACUGUGGUACUCGAAUAUCUUUGCCGGAGUUAUCAAAGGCGCCCUUGAGUCAGUCCAGCUUGAGGUCGAUGCUUUUUUUGUCUCAGAUGUCCUUAAAGGCGCUCCCUCUACAGAAUUGCGAGUAAAGUUGAUAAAGGUUUUGGAAGAUGAAGUUCCUGCAGGCGAGGAUUAA